AUGUCCUGCCAGCAGAACCAACAGCAGUGUCAACCUCCUCCCAAAUGCACCCCCAAGUGCACUCCAAAAUGUCCACCAAAGUGUCCCCCCAAAUGCCCACCCCAGUGCCCAGCCCCAUGUCCUCCUCCAGUCUCUUCCUGCUGUGGCCCCAGCUCUGGGGGUUGCUGUGGCUCCAGCUCUGGGGGCUGCUGCAGCUCUGGGGGUGGUGGCUGCUGCCUGAGCCACCACAGGCCCCACAUCUUCCACCGGCGCCGCAGGCACCAGAGUUCUGACUGCUGCGAGAGUGAGCCCUCUGGAGGCUCUGGCUGUUGCCAUGGAUCUGGGGGCUGCUGCUGA